AUGGCCAGUAAGGGCCCCCAGGCCGCUUUCGUCGAAGAAUUUGACGAAGAUUCCAACGCUACUCUACCCGGCACUAGAUUGUCAGCAAAUAUUGCUCCCAAUACUGCUGCCAAACUCUCGAGGUUGGAUCCUAGAAACCCGGAGCCGCUGAUCGACGGCGCCAGUGACUCAGGUUAUUCUAGUCGCACCGCCGCCACCACAAACAGCACCCAAUCUGGCCCGUCAGGCGGAAAAAGCCCCCCGGCCCCUCUUAAGGUGGACAACCCCAGACGCACCGAUCUCAACAGAAAGAGUUCGACCAGAGAACGCAGAGACAAGGACCGAUCAAGGCCAUCGCGCGAAGAGAGGAUGGUAGGUGUCUACCCGGGCGCUGCCCAUCAUGCUCACGUGCAUCGGUCGUCGUCCAAGCAUCACGGUCGAGAGUCCGGUCCUCGCCAGUACCACGACAGUUACUACGAAUACCACAGCUACCGCCCUGCUCCCGUCGAGACUCGACCAAGUGAGUAUCCGUUUCACAUCGACCAAAGACCUCCGUUGCCGGAAUUCUCAUCCUCCCCACACGCGCCUCGAUACGGCGCCAUUGAAAACAUUCACUCCUCCCACCGACCCAACCGCCCCCAUGCAUACCACAACUACCACUCCAACAACCAAGCCGUCGGUUUUCACAGCGGGCAACACGGCAUGACCUCGGGCAUGACAACCCCGCUGUACAGCCAGCACUCGAUGCCCGGAUACGACCAUGGUCCCCCAUUGUCCAACUCCGCCUAUAUGCAGAACCAGUACUCAUCUUCUCCUUAUGAUCGAUCUUCUUACUAUGCCCCAUCGGAGUACGGAGCCCCAUCGGAAUAUCGGGAGCGAUCGCUUUCCCGGGAGCCAUCCCGGCGUCGAUCCACCUCGAUCUAUACGGCCCCGCCCCAGGCAAUAGACUCAGGAGCAUAUUCACCAUGGUAUGAUGACGACCAGCCUCUGGAGCGAUAUUCCUCGCGAGAGGCACAUGGUCGUCCUUCCAUGAGCCACCAGGAUCCAGAUGAGGACUACUACCGUGGAAGCAUGGGCCCUCCAGUCCCACCACCGGCACCGCCUAUGCCCAGGCCCAAGGCUAGAGCCCCACAAGUCCACCAGGACAGGCGCACGGAGCGCCCAGAAAUACGGAAAGCCCACACCAGUGCGGCAGCCGCCCCUUCUCAACGUCUCGUGUCCAGAGGCAUUGACAGGGACGCGGACUAUGAUUAUGACCGAAUGGACAUGGCCGACCUCCGGGAUUCCCUGCCUGUAGUAUCCGAACGUGGAACUCGUCGAGUGUCUAGGGAUACUCCGCCCGAGAGGACCCGCAGCACUCGACGAGAUGUCCGCAGAUCGGUGAGCUAUGCAGACGAGCGGCGGUCGGCCCAUGUAGCCGUGGCCAGCUCACGCAGACGCAAACCAACUGAGUACUACGAACCAUCCAGCACUGCAGAUGACCUUGAGGAUCUUGAACGUGGAGUCGAAAACUACCAGGCUGCUCGGUCGGGCCGGACUUCAAGUGCCGCACUGCCUCUUUCGCAGGAGGUGUUGCCCCCAAGUAAGACGUCUAACCGCAAUGGGAGCGACAGCGGCAGUCAGAAGAGCCGGUCCAACAGCAGCCGUGGUAGCGGCACAGCUUCGCGGACGGAAGAGGACAAGAACAUGACCUUGACCUUGAACGGAUUGAAAAUCGGAUUUACUCAGGAGAACUUGGCCGGCAAGUCCAUCAACAUUCGUGCCGGGGAUACCGGGGGCCUUCGAUUGAACAUCGGUGGCUCUCGGCAACCUAAGCAGUAUGUCGCUGGUUCUGGCUCUGAUUAUACGGGCAACGCUAGUCGCCGGGAAAUCGAAGAUGUGCGACGUCCCAUCGAGGAUGUUCGACGUCCUCGUGAUGAUAGACGGUCGGAGCGCGCUACUCGCCGCGGAAGCCAGUCUGCCUACAUGGGUCGUUACCAUCAUUGA